GAACUUUUAGCCAACUACAGAGCAGAGCAGAAUACAUAUUCAAACUAAUUCGAUCUGAUCGAAAGGAUCUAGUUGCUUCAAUUCAAUUCCCCCUUAACUUUUGGAUUAAUAUAUUUCAAACAAAAUGGCUGAACAAGAAUACGACAAGGAACAACUCAGAAUCAUGCGCAAUGCCUUCAAAGCCUUCGAUCCUGAGGAUAAAGGUAUGAUUGAACAUGCCGAUGUCAUACAAAUUCUAGAAAUUCUUGGUCAAAAACUCGACGAUAAAGCCGUUAAGGCCCUAAUCAAAGAAGUCGACAAGGGCAAUUCCGGCAAAUUGGACUUCAAACAGUUCUGUAAAAUUGCCUCUCGUUUUGUGGAAGUUGAUGAAGAUGGUCCAGUGUUGAUGGGUGAAUUAAAGGAAGCCUUCCGUAUCUACGACAGAGAGGGCAAGGGUUAUAUAACAGUAUCAGUGUUGCGCACCAUUCUUAAGGAAUUGGAUGACAAAUUAUCGGCCAAAGAAUUGGACAUGAUCAUUGAGGAAAUUGAUGCUGAUGGUUCGGGUACUGUUGAUUUUGAUGAAUUCGUGCAAGUAAUGAAUGGUUAAGUUUGUGAAAUACAUUAAGUCCUUGGGUUACUGAUGCGGAGGUAUACAACCCAUUUUUUACAGAUCUAUGAGUUUUUUUUUAGCUCAAUUGUUUUUUGUUAUUUAUAAAAUAAAAUAUACAAAAGUUUAAUAAAACAAAAGGUAAAUGCUAAAUUAUAAAGCAUUAAAGCAAA